AAGAAGACGGGGGAGAGGGAGGAGAAAGGGGAAACAAGCUCGCGGUGUACUGGAUGAAGUUCACAGUCGUGCGGACAAAUUAACUCGUCUGUUAAAUGGAGGGACUCUUACCACAAUAGCGUCGGCUGUAUUUGGUUGAAAAAGCCAUUAAGACAUUUGGUCGGUGCGGCUUGAGCACUAUCAAGCAGGCGCCGGGGCUAGCUUCUGGAGAACGCUGAAGUUAAGCUAGGCUAAUAGUGGAAUAAAUACACCUGAGAGGACUGCGGAGAGAGAGAGGGGAAAAAACCGAAAUGAGUCAAAGUGCUACAAGGUACCGACCAGCUUAACCGGCUUUUACUGCAGUUCUGUGUUGCAAUGAGGAGCACCGGAGUCCAGCUCUGAGCGCUCAGAGGCAUGAACUCUGUUUCCCCCAGUGCAGCACAGUACAUAGGGGGAGUUAUGCAGGAUGAGCUGGUGGAGAACAGAAGGCAGCAGCCCAUGGAACGGCAGGGCAGCUUUGGUCUCAGGUCGCCGCCACCGCCCCAGACUCCAGAUCCCGGCAGAGAUGCAGUCGGAGAGCCUGACGAGAUGGACAAACUGAAAGCCAAAUUGAUGUCAGCGUGGAACAACGUCAAAUAUGGUUGGACUGUUAAGUCUAAAACCUCCUUCAACAAGGUAUCACCAGUCACCGUCCUUGGACACUCCUUUCUGCUCAACAGUGAGGACGAGGUAGAUCGAUUUCGUCUGGCUUUUGUGUCCAGGAUCUGGCUCACAUACAGGAGGGAGUUCCCUCAGCUGGAGGGUUCCACCUGGACCACAGACUGUGGCUGGGGCUGCAUGCUGCGCAGCGGCCAGAUGCUGCUGGCACAGGGACUCCUGGUCCAUUUGAUGCCAAGAGAUUGGGCUUGGCCAGAUGCUCAGCAGCUAACCGAUGUAGACUUUGAGGUGUUCAGACCACGUUCCCCAGCUCGGGCUGGUGGGGUUCCCAUCCCUUCUUUUGGCUCUCCCCGAGGAUCUAACACCCCUGAAAAGUCCCUGCCAAGUGACCAGGUGCCCAAAUGCAGCCAGAAGAAGAGACCUGAGUGUGCAAGGGACAGACAGGCAGAGCCCAUCCACCACAGGUUGGUCACCUGGUUCGGGGAUCAGCCCCCAGCACCUUUUGGAGUUCACCAGCUGGUGGAAAUUGGCAAAAGUUCAGGGAAGAAGGCUGGUGACUGGUAUGGCCCCUCUAUAGUGGCACACAUAAUACGGAAAGCAGUGGCCAAAACUUCUGUUAUCCACAACCUGGCUGUGUAUGUGGCUCAGGAUUGUACAGUGUACAAAGAGGAUGUGGUGCGUCUGUGUGAUCUGUCACUAAGCCAGACUCCUCCUGAUCCGUCCAGCCAAGCCUGGAAGUCUGUCAUUAUACUGGUGCCUGUCCGGCUGGGAGGGGAGGCCCUGAACCCAUCUUACAUCGAGUGUGUCAAGAACAUCCUAAAGCUGGAGUGUUGUAUAGGAAUCAUCGGAGGAAAACCGAAGCAUUCACUGUACUUCAUUGGCUUCCAAGACGAGCAGCUGCUGUAUCUGGACCCUCACUACUGCCAGCCUGUGGUGGAUGUAACGCAAGUCAACUUCCCACUGGAGUCCUUCCACUGUAGCUCUCCCAAAAAGAUGCCCUUCAACCGCAUGGAUCCCAGCUGUACCAUCGGCUUCUACGCCAAGAACAAGAAGGACUUUGAGUCACUGUGUUCUGCUGUUAGUGUGGCUCUGUCAUCAUCCAAGGAGAAGUAUCCCAUCUUUACCUUCGUAGAGGGCCAGGGUCAGGACUAUGGACUUGAAGGUCACAGCAGCAAUCACAGCGGACCUGCAGCCCACAUCCUGCCCCUGGGCAAACUGGGCAGGAGCAACAACAGAAGAAACAGUGAUGGGUUUGUGGUCCUCUAAGGCUCAGAUGCUCUCCCAGCUCUCACCUGUAGGGGGCAGAAAAGGAAUUGCUAAUUUCUUUUCAAACAGAGGGACUCAUCCCUUGACAUUGCAGCUGCAAGGAGGACAUGAUACUUUUGUGCUUUAUCACCCUCACUGGUGAACAAACAUUAAAAAAAAACUGUGGCUCCUGUCAUCACUUCAGUGUGGAUGGAUAUUAUAAGCUAUUAGGGCAUUAGGGUUGGGUCCCGACUGGAGCAGAACUUUACUGGGCAAAGGCAUGAUUUUAAAACGGAUCAUGGUUAGAAAUCUUUCAAGUACUUGAAGUAUUCUUGAUUCAGUUUAGGCACCUAAAAAAACCUCAGAAUCGGGUAUGUAUGAGUAAAAUCAAGCGCUUUACAGUACUCAACUCAGUUACGCUCAGCUACUGUGUUUUCUCCUGGUCUGCACUGGACAUACCGGAGCUGAUGUGUGGUCUACAUGAUAUUUAAUGAGCUCACUGGUCAGGUGAAGGGCUGCCUGGUGUUGUUCUUGACUUGUAUUAUAUACCAACUGCUGUACAUCUCCUUUUUAUUUUCUUUAUUUAUCAGGUUUUUGAAUGUGUGUUGUUGUGUGAGUGAGUCAGAGGUUAGUGUAGUUUAUUUGUUUUGUCUUUAAUAAGUGCACCAAUGUAUUAUUUAGGAGUGAGUUGCAACCUGUGGAGGUUUCAUAUUCUUCCAAGAGCAUCUUGAACAGCUGUAAAUCCGUUCUUGUGUUGCAGACUGGCCUAAUACUGCACAGUUGACCCUAGGGGCCUCGAUCCCCUACACUUCCAGCUUUUGGCUUUCCAUUGUUCAUAAUUGAGCUCAUGAAACACUCCAAGAAAUCUGCUGUUAAAAUGUUCCUGUUGCUUAAAGAGUUACGUCAGCUCCUAGAUCGGGGGUUGAAGAGAAAUCAUCUCUUCAGUUAGCCAUAGAUGCACAAUUUUAAUGAUCAAAUAGUGGCUUGUCUCAUGAAACAGGAUUACAGAGUCAUCUGGUUAAAUUUGCAAAGUGAAACCCAGAACAGCUAUUUUUUACUUAAGUACAGGUUCUGGGUUUCACUUGGCAAAGUCAGUAAGACCUGCCCAAGCUGAAUGCAGAUUUUGCCUUGAUCUCAGAGCCUCUGUUGCGAUGUCAUUUGUGUUUUGUUUGUCCCUUUUUUUUUUACAUGAAGGCUACUAUUGCAAGUUGCACUACUGCUGUUGUUUGGUUUGUUGUCCUGAUUAAACUUCA